AUGCCGCUCAACACGACCUCUUUCUUAGUGUCGCAAGGGUGGGAGGGAGUCGGCGUUCCCCUGGAUGGAAAAGCGGGCAAGGGUCUCAAGAAACCCCUUGCAAUCACACAAAAGAAAACUCUCUCCGGUAUAGGCAAGGAUCGAGAUCGUGCCGAUGAUUGGUGGAACAGCAUUUUCACUGCCGGAGCAAAGAGCCUAUCCAUUGGACCUUCACCUGCUUCGUCGGGUGCAUCUACACCAACUCUCGACAAAUCCAAGCCUUCGACUAGCACCACGUCGUGGAGCAUGGGAGAGAGGUCAGCCGCAUCAGCUACCAUGUCGCUUUCAUCCCUCGCUAAGCGUGAACAUGCUCGAAAAACGCUCAUGAGCAACUUUGUUCGCGGCAAACCUAUUGUUCCCGCUGUCGAGCCAAUAGACAAUCGUAGGCCUCCUUCUGCUGCGCCUCCCAAGACUAACGGUACUGAGGUAGUCGCAGCAGCCGAUGACCAAGUCGACGCUGCUCUCAACAUCACAUCUUCUACAUCUCCAGCAUCUAUCAUUCAGCCCUCCGACGCCAAGGUCGAGUCCGAGUCAAAGUCAAAGUCAGCCAAUGAUGAAACUGACGCACAGAAGCUCGCUCGAAGACUUGCCAAGAAAGCCCUUCGCAAGCAGCUGAAAGCGUCUCGGGCUUCAUCCAGCGCCGCUGAAGGAUCGCAGUUGGCUCCAAGCCAGAAGAGCAAGAAGUCCAAAGAAGCUAACAAGGACAGGAAAGACAAGAAGAACAAGGCGGGGAAAAAGGAAAAGAAGAAAAAGAAAUUCAAAGCAGAGAACGACCUCCCACCAGCACCGAUAGAGCCACCAACAAAGUCCAACAAGCGCAAACGCACAAACGUAGCAGACGAUGCUGGCGAUAGCAAAAAGCUGAAAGAGAAUAAAGCGGAGAAAAAAGACAGGGACAAGGCGGAGAAGAAGAAAAUGAAGGAGAAACACGAAAAUGCGAAGGAGAUCAAGUCUCCGAGCAAGGCGAAGAGAGAGAAAAAGAACAGAGACGAACAAACAAAACGAAGCGCAGAAUAG